UGGGAAUGACAGGAAGACAUGUGGAAAACUAAAUUCUCCGUGUCGUACAAUAUCUUGGGGCAUACAACAAGUGUCAUCUGGGUCAUAUAUCUACCUGGAUGGGUCAGCUACAUCCAAGAAUCCUUAUACCUGCGAAGCUCUAGACCCAAUAUAUUCGGGAAUUCGUCUUAACAAGAGCGUAUCGUUUGUCAGUAUAAGAUCACGUGCUCAUAUCUCGUGUCUCCAUGCCAACCCGUGGUUGGUGGACGGAACUAAAUUCAAAGACGGUGUACGAAUUAGCUUUUCCAGUCUGACUUUUCUGAAUACGUCUCUACGGCUUUUCGAUGCUUUUUUGGCAGCCAGUGAUACUGUAUUUGCGGAAACCAAACUUGUAAGUUUGGAUAUUGAAGUGUUAAAUCUGCCUCGGUUGGAUUUAUCACUGAAAAAUGUUGUUUUCCAACAAAAUGCAGCGUGCAUGACAAUAAAGCCUAGUAAGGGCAGCAAGAUUUUUGUUAACAUAACGAAUACGUUUUUCAAUCAAAAUGGUAAUUUCUCUUUGGACACACCGUCUGUUCUUUGGUUAAAUUCCAGAGAAAAUUUGAUCAACAUUCAACUAAGGAACUGCAGUUUUAAGAAGAACACUUUUAAGAAAAAUGGAAUGAUUGUAGUUGAAAACAAAUUUGGAACAACAAACUUUUUACUAAAUCAAUUCAGAAUGGAAGAAAAUAGCCAUACGAAUCCAAAUAAUAUAGAAUUUGACGGUUUAUUUUUACUGCUAUCUGCUUGGGUAGUUGUAAGAUUGGAGUCCGGGUUUGUUCAUGAAACAUCUUCUACUUUUCUAACUGUGACCGGGAACUCAGCGCAAAUCAACAUCUCAAACAUUCAGGUGGACGUAUUCCACUCGGUAACUCCAGGAGGUGGCAUAGUAAACCUAUUUCAAAGUGAUUCAAGUUACCUAUCAAUCAAGGAUUCCUGUUUUCGUAAUGGAAAUAAGAAAGGUAAAGGCGCCAGUGUCCUCUCAAUUUUUGCGCCAAUUUCGGUGCUAACCAUUCAAAACUCGACCAUUCAGAAUAUUAUUGGAAAUUUCACAGUGUUUAUACAAUCAAAACGGAGCACAUAUUUACAAUCAACAAAUCAAAGCAAAAAAUUAUUUGUUCAUGUACGCAUAAUCAAUUCUUCGUUUUCAUAUAUGGAGGGCAUUGUAGUUUCGGUAUUAGCUGAAAACUUGUUGGCGACUGUCGGCGAUAGUUCCUUUGUCCGAAAUGCUGCCACACGUUGUAGCGCGCUGAAUUUGAUCACGAACGAUGCUGCUAAAAUCAACCUUCACAAUGUUUAUUUCCUAGAGAAUAGUGCUGAUGCUGGAGGAAUUAUUGAAGCUGGAACCCUCAAAGAGUCUUCUACAUUCACUCUGUCUAUGACUAACGUAAUAUUCGUCCAAAACAAGAUAGUUGCAUGUUGGCCAGGUUAUUCUUGCGGUAUUGUUUUCCUUUCGGUUCAAAGUACUAAAAUCAAUGUUGUUUUUAAAAAUACGCGUUUCAUUGGGAAUUUAGCGCAGUUCGGUAUCUCUCUCCUAGCUUUGAGUCAAUUCACGUUACCGUUUGUAACUCUAGAUACCUGCAUAUUUAGAGAAAAUAUUGGGAACACUGUAAAUGUGGAAGGACGCGUUGUACUAACAUGCAAACAUUCAAUCUUCGAUUCAAAUAGUGUUCUACGUUGCCUAAACGCGGUGAUAAACCUCAAAUUAAUCAAUUCAAUGAUUUUCUUCAAGAACACGACGUUUGUGAACAAUUUGUGUGCAGCACUUCGAGUGUAUUUCAGUGGAACUACAAAUCUAAGCAUAUACGAUUCUACCUUUGUCCGAAACAAGAAUAUAGGCGGUUCUGCAGGUGGAGCUCUGGCUAUAGAUUUCGAACAAUUCAACCAAACCAGCACUCACUCAUUUUCAGGGAUUUUCAGAGCUUUUAUUACAAGGGUAUUAUUCCAAGAAAAUAUAGCGGUAACUGGAACUGUUUUGUUUAUGACAAGCGGCGAAGUGGUGUUCACGAAUUGUACCUUUUUGAAUAAUUUUGCAAGUUUUCAAGGCGGCCAAAUUGUUAGCGCUGCGCGUGGCUCAGUCGAUCUGUAUGUAGCACAUUCGGUGUUUAAACAAACAAUUCAAAAAAUCGUAAUUAAUAAUACACAAGAAUUCAUGGUCACUUCAUUCUUAAGGUUAUACAACUCUGGUACGCUAUUUGUUUACAACACAAUAUUCAACUGGGACACAAAAUCCGAUGAACCGCUCAUUCUGGUCUCCAAAGUAUAUCGGGUAUCAUUUGACAAUGCUUCGAUAAGUAAUUGCCCAGUGGGUCAUGCUAUUGAAAAGACUAGUUAUUCUUACUUCGGCACUAAUAAACGUCCUGUUACUUCUUUUACUUUGUCUUGUAAGGCAUGCGACUACAAUUUCUACUCUCUGCAAAGAGGAACAGCAAGGGGACGGAAUGUAGACGAUAGUUUCGAAUGCAUACCAUGCCCGCGCGGAGCAGAUUGUGUUCCAGCCAUCAAGUCAAAGCUCAAUUUUUGGGGAUACCAAACCAGUUCGAAUCCUCCUAAACUAGGCUUCACAAUUUGUCCGUUCGGUUACUGCAAGUCACCGCCAGCUAACAGUAGUAAAUACAAUGAUUGCCAAGGAAAACGUACAGGAGUUAUGUGUGGGGUGUGUUCUCAAGGCUAUACAGAAGCGCUGUGGUCAACGUACUGUACACCAGUCAAAGACUGCCACGAUCAUUGGUUUUGGAUUCUGUUUCUAGCACUUGUCUUUUUUAUGGCUAUUCUUCUUAUUUUCAAGCCUCCAUUCGUGACGUAUUCUUUAAAACAGAUAUUUUGGUUUAAAAGGUUUACAGGCAGUCGUACAGCAAACAUUCAAGCCAAUCAUGAGAUAAUUCGCUCCCUCUCAGUGGACGAAGAAACCGGACAGGAAAACGUACCGUUGUCUUCAACAGAGCAACUCAAACAAGACAAAAGACAAUUUUCCCGCUUUGUGGAGAUUAUCUUCUACUUCUAUCAAAUAGCACAAUUACUUCUUUCCUCGAGUUCUCUGACGGAAUUUUUUGACACCCAAUUCCUGGUACCUGUUCUGGGCUUCUUCAAUUUCCAACCAAGUUUUAAGAAACAAGGUUUUCUGUGUCCUUUUCCAGGUCUCACUCCAGUGACAAAGUUCGGUUUUAAAAUUGCUCCUGUCUUCGGAACUUUAGUUGCUAUUUUCCUUAUCUACGCCUUGCAUUUCUUCAUCAGUCGUACGAGGGGCUCCCUUCGUCCUGCUAUUUCUCCAUACCUCCAAGCCAGUAUUAAAACUGUAUUUCUUGGCUACGUAACCUUGGCUACUGUCAGUAUUUCGCUCAUUCGCUGUGUUUUUGUUUCAGGUAAAGCUCGCUGGUUCUACAAUGGAAAUGUCUUGUGCUACCAAUGGUGGCAAUAUGCGUCAUUCACUUUUAAUGCUAUCUUUGUGAUUCCUUUUAUAAUUGUGCUUGCUUGGAUUUCGUUCAAACUUCACCAUGAUAAAAUAACAAUCCAACAGUUUCUUCUUGCCAUCAUCUUCCCCCUUCCAUUCUUGCUGCUAUGGAUGUUCCGCCUUGUUUGUCCAUUUUCAGUUGUGAAUGUGGAAGAAAACCAAAAUUUAAACGCAUUAAAAGAGAUGCUCUUGGCUCCUUACAGACAGCCGAAAGGUGGAAGCAAGCGAGGGGCUUUAUAUUGGCAGAGUGUCUUGAUUGCUCGUCGAUUUAUUUUGGUUUUAAUCUUCUGUGUCGUAACAGAACCAUCUGUCAGAUUAUUCUGUAUGACACUUGUUUGUGUUUCUGUGCUUUGCUGUCAUCUCAAGGUUAAACCAUUUCAAAAUUCGUUAGCAAAUAAUCUCGAGUCUCUUUCUUUGUUCUUUUUGGUCAUUUUAGGCUUGAUCAACCAGUUUAAGUCUGUGUUCGUUGGUUCCGAACAAAAUAUCAAGGGUUCUUUAGUAACAGUUUUGAAAGUGUUUCAAUGGCUAGAGAUUGUUAUGUUAGGACUGUUUCCAGCCAUUCUUUUGCUUCUUGUAUGCUUUGCUAUAAUUUCCGUUUUUGUUCGUGUUCUCUUCACGUGCUUCAGGUCGAUUUUUAAAUGUUUGUUCAGACCUUGCCCCUGGUUGUCACGUGAUUCCUCCAGUUUGUUAAAUGUUUGUGACAAUAUCGACGAUGAAUAG